AUGAAUGAUGCUUUAAGAAGUGAAGUUUUAUUGACAUUUGAUUGGAAAAUAGAAAACAUAACUUAUGUCGGACCAUACAUUUACCAAAAGAAAAUUGAUGGAACUUAUGAAACAGAUUUCAAUGCAGUCAUUAUGAUCAUGGUUUUAUUUCUAAUAAUCUUUUCAUCAAUAUUAACAAUGUUAAUCAGUGGAAUCAAGUGUUUCUACAGAAUUAAUAAAUUAAUAAAUGUUAGAGAUAUGCAAUCGGUCUAUAACAAUAAACUCCAAUCUCAAUUAUUCUACGCAUUGAUCACUCAAACAAUGAUUCCUGUUAUUUUGAUGCAUUUUCCAGUCACAGUACUGUUUAUUUCUGUUUUGGUUGAUCUUAAUUUGGGUACUUUGAGUGAUAUUAUAAGAAUAACAAUCACAUUAUUCCCAGCGUUGGAUCCUAUUCCCACAAUGUUUAUUAUUAAAAGCUAUCGGAUUGCAAUCAAAAGUAUGAUAAAAGUUGUAUUUGUAAGACCGAAAAAUACAAGUAUCAAUUAG